AUGGAGGGUGGAGAUAAGGAGGACCAUCUUAUUAGGCAUAAACGAAUUCAUAAUGGAGAAAAUCUGUUUUCUUGUGAAGUUUGUGAUAAAUCAUUUACUAAUCGAAGUAGUUUUGAAACUCAUAAAUUGAGUCAUAGUGGUGAAAAACGUUUUUCAUGUGCAUUUUGUGAAAAAGGUUUUAUUCUAAAACAUGAUUUAAUUCGACAUGAACGGACUCAUACUGGAGAAAAACCAUUUUCUUGUGAAGUUUGUAAUAAAUCAUUUUCAAAUCGAAGCAGUUUAGAAGCACAUAAAUUCACUCAUAGUGAUGAAAAACCAUUUUCAUGUGACGUGUGUGAUAAAACUUUUAUUACGCGAAGCCAUUUAAAUCAACAUAAAUUAGUGCAUAGUGGAGAAAAUAGUUUUUCAUGUAAAGUUUGUGAUAAAUUAUUUACGCAUCGAAGCAGUUUUGUAGCACAUAAAUGGACUCAUACGAAAGAAAAACCUUAUCCAUGUGCAAUUUGUGAUAAAGGUUUUAUUCUAAAACAUGAUUUAAUUCGACAUGCACGAAUUCAUACUGGAGAAAAACCAUUUUCUUGUGAAAUUUGUAAUAAAUCAUUUACACAGCGAACUCAUUUAGAAGCACAUAAACGAACUCAU